CGACGGCGCCGUGUGGUAGCGGCGGGUGGCGUCUUUGUCCUGGCGGCGGCGGCCUGACGGGGCUCCGGGUCCGGGCCAGGACCGGCGAGUUGGAUUUGGAACGAAAGCAAAAUGGCUCGAGGACGCAAGAGCAAUAGCAUCAAACAGAGCGACUUCACUAACAGCACCAAUCCUCAGGAUUUAGAGAGAAGACUUUUUGUCGGCAAUUUGCCCACAGACCACAUGACUCGUGAAGAAAUGGAAGAGAUAUUUUCAAAAUAUGGCAAAAUCAGGGCCCUCAGCAUGUACCAUGGCUAUGGGUUCGUGCAGUAUGACCGUCUAGAAGAUGUCCAGGCCGCUCUGGACGGUGAGAAGGGUCGCCUUUAUAAAGGGUAUAGAUUAGAUAUUAAUAAAGCAGUGGAAAGAAGAAAUAUGAAUAAGGCUUCAUCAAGGUCCAGUCCGACACGAAGAGAUCAGUAUGCCUACGGGGAUGGCCGAGAUGCCAGGCGCGACCGCUCCCCUCUUCGGGGGAGCCCACGGAGAGACCCCAGAGAUGGCAGGGAUGGCAGGAACGGGCGAGAUGCUAGAGACACUCGAGACAUGCGAGCUAGAGACAUGCGUGAUGCCAGAGACCACAGGGACCCACGGGAUCUGCGAGACCCUCGGGAUAUCAGGGAUCCAAGGGACUUGAGGGACCCACGUGAUGUUAGAGAUCUUCGUGACCCACGGGAGCCACUGUAUGAUCGAUACAGGGAUCCGCGGGAUAUGAGAAGUGCACGAGAUGUGAGGGAUCCACGGGAUAUGAGAGACCCUCGGGACCCUUUGUACAGACGAGACGAAUCUUACGACCGUUACCUGCGCCUCGAGGACUACUAUCGGCGCAAGGACGACUCCUACUAUGACCGCUACAAGGAGCCGGAGGACCGCCUGAAGCGUGAGGAGCGGCGCCGGGAGGAGCUGUACCGUCAGUACUAUGAGGAAAUCAAGAGACGUUUUGAUGCAGAGAGACCCGUGGAUUGUUCUGUGAUAGUGGUGAAUAAACAGACAAAGGAGUACGCGGAGUCAGUGGGGCGGAAGGUGCGAGACCUGGGCAUGGUAGUGGACUUGAUCUUCCUCAACACAGAGAUGUCACUGACACAAGCCCUGGAUGAUGUGAGCAGAGGAGGGUCUCCUUUUGCCAUUGUCAUCACCCAGCAGCAUCAAGUUCACCGUUCCUGCACUGUUAACAUCAUGUUUGGCACCCCACAAGAGCACCGCAACAUGCCCCAGGCUGAUGCCAUGGUGCUGGUGGCAAGGAAUUACGAGCGCUACAAGACGGAGUCCCGGGAGAAGGAGCGGGAGGAGAUCGCCCGGCAGGCUGCCAAGAUGGCAGAUGAAGCUAUUCUGCGGGAGCGGGAGCGCCCACCCCCCAUGGAGGAGGGUGUCAGAGGAGGUCACCCUCCUGGGAUCCAAACCCUCUUGAACCUGCUGGCAGACAAUCGCUAUGUGACUGCUGAGGAGAUAGAUAAAGUCAUUAAUUACCUGAGAGACCGGAAGGAACGGUUGCUGCGGGGCAGCACUGAAUCUCUGCAGGCACCCAUGUCAAGGCAACCUUUGGGGGCACCUUCAGGAUCAUCACUGGGUAGUCAGUCCAACCUUCCAAGUUCUCAGGCUCAUCAGGGUUCACAGCCUCUGGUCUCUACUCCUUCUGUUCCAGUGUCCUCUUCUACUCCUCAGCAGGAGCUUCAAGCAAAAAUCCUCAGUCUCUUCAACAGUGGGGCAGCAGCGGCGGCAGCAGCUGCUGUGGCAAACAGUGGUCCUGCGGCCUCCACGGGCUCUUCAGGCAGCACUCCCAACCAGAACUUUGCUAACUUGGCUGGUGGGCAGCCCCGGCCAGCACAGAUGAAUGCUGGAAAUUUAAACCAGCCUCAGCAGAGAUUGCAGACUCCAAACACGCAGAUUCCUGCUCUCCCGGGCCCUUCGAGAAACGCAGGUCCGAGACCUGGAGCUCCUCCACAACCUCAGCCGCUCUAUGGUCAGCACCAAACCCGCCUCCCUGCACCUGGCAAUGUGCCCGCCCAAAGGCCGGUGUCUUCUGGUAUCAACUUUGACAACCCCAGUGUACAGAAAGCCUUGGACACCCUUAUCCAGAGUGGUCCUGCACUCUCCCAUCUUGUGAGCCAAACCGUGGCCCAGGGGCGAGGGGGGUCCUCAGCCCAGCAACCAAUGGGUGCCUACCAGCGACACUAUUAGAGCUGAGCUGUUGGGCCCAUUCCCCUUCCCUUUGCCAUUCCAUACUUAUAGCUGUUUAAGGAGUCUCCCAUCCUUGACCCGGGACAGAUGCCCUGGACAUGCAUGUCCUCUCCAGUCUGGCGAGAGCAUACCCCCUGCAGCAUUGCUGCCAACGGUUGCUGGCGCUGCCCUCCCUCUCCUUGGUCUGGUUAGCAAUGUUUGGAGCAGAAUGCUCAGUUUUCUCCACAGCACAAUGUGCUGUGAACUGUGUUGGAUCAUUGGUUGUCUUGUCCCAUCCCAGAAGCUGCUGCAGUAUCAGUCCUGCUGCAUUUUCCUUACUCCCAGCACCUGGUGCACCUUCCCAUUGAGGUGCAGUCUGGGCUCACUGAUUGAUCUUGGUGUAGUUUUGGAUCGUCGGUUUUGGUGAAUUAGGGGACUGAACAGAGCAGCAAAUUGAUGGGCCUUGGACACCCACCACUGUGGAAUGGGCACUACCCUUCUUUGGAUUUCUUUUUUUUUUUUUUUUCUUGUAA